AUGAAUGUCUCCCCCAGCCAAGACAGCUCCGGGCCCAUUGUCCGACUAGAACUACCCAACGAUUGGCCCGAAUUCGAGGUCAAAAAUGAGUUUAGCGAUACCACGGAAACGUGCUUCGUGCGUCUCGCUGCUCAGUUCGCCGCCGGCGAGCUCGAUCUUUCUGGGUACAUGGAUGGGGUGUUGUCGCACCUGCAGAAGAACGGUCCGAGACACAAGUGGGAUGUGCCCGUCAAGAACAGGAUGGCCAAUUUUAUGGAGCUGGACUUGUUUGCUGGAGCAGUAAAGAGAUGGUUCCUGGAGCCGAGCUUUGUUCCGCUGGAAAAGGAAGACAUAUACAGGUUCAAAGAUCUGGCCAUCCUCGCGUGGACGGUCAACGACCCUGGCGAAUUCGAUCGCCGCUGCCAGCAGACUGGUCUUGACCUGAAAUCUCUCACACCAGAACUGGCCGACCUGCUCCUUGUAGUCUGCUAUUGCAGGCGUCACACAGCCCUCUUCGCUCACUUCAUCAAAAGCUUUCCGGGCCCCCCUCCACAGACCACAUUCGACGCCGUGGAGAGCCACGUGCUAUACAACACCCGCCUCGACCCCAACACAACUCUCUUCCAGCACUCACCGAAAGCGGUCACUAACUCGUCUGAUGAGAUCACUCUGUGGACAGAGAUCCUCAACUCGCGCUGGCUGCAUGAUCCGAUCGAUGGGGAGAAGGGCUAUUUCCUGGCUACACAGGUUGGCGCCAUGGGCAUAUAUACUAAGGAGACAGACGACAGUGCGGCCAUGGGCACACCGAAAGCAAACGCGUAUCUUGUCGCGUUGGCUCAGAGGGGUCUGUGUUAUGACCUGCCAUUGGCCGGGAGGUUCCUCGCGUCGUGUAAAUCGGUUGCGCAGGCACGCGAGUUCCUGGGCAUAUUCCCACCGGAAAAGAUGAAGCACGGCCCCGAACCGUCAGCAUAUGAAUCUGGGUCCAUGAUUGUAGACAUCGCGAACUCGCGGCAGGCGGACGGCGAGGUGAGGUCGGCCAUCAUGGAGCUCGUGCUGGAGGAGAUUGGAGGGAUGGAUGUGAAUGCUACGGUGCCGUCUAAUCCAUGGGAGUAUGAUAUGCCGGGCUGUCCAAGGUCGCCUCAUUUCAAUGGUCUACAUGUGGCGGCGUCUCGGGGGGAUAGGGUCUUUGUUGAGUUGCUUAUUCGGCAUGGGGCAAGGGUGGAGGAGAAGGAGAGGGUGACCGGCUUGACUGCGGCUGGGUUUGCGAUGAAGGAGGGACAUAAGGAUUUGGCGAGGUGGCUUGAGGGAUUGAAUGAGUCUUCAUGA